UCAUCCAGGGUUAUGAAAUUUAACUUUUCCUGCAAGACAAACAUAGUUACCACUUUGGGUCAAAGUAAUAGGAGUCAACCUCGCAAGUCUUAUGUGGGAUUAAAACUACAAAAUGGCACCGUCAGCAUGGAUGUUCAGACAUCUAAGAAUCCUAAUGGAGCAGCUUAUAUCAUCUCAAAGAGCAACAUUGAAGCAGUACACAGUCGGUUGCUGCAGGAAGGGAAGAUGAGCAUAACAUUCAAAAACCCGCCACAUCUUAUGAUGAUUAGUGAUGCCCAACCUAAUGAACUUCAAAUAUUGAUAGAAACAAUAAAGAAACCAAGUUAUUUCAUUCAAUUAGAUCCAGAAUCUAUAAAGGCAAAGACGAUUCGUCCUAAAUUUCAACCAAAGGAAGAUGUGAAAACCAUGACAAUUGGACUUCUGUCCCAGUAUCCUGCCAUAUCUGGAGUUGGGUUUCCUAAGACACUCACUGAACUUACAAUUUCAAGAUUGAAUUACCGCCAUCUGGAGAAUAGGAUCAUGGCUUUAGAGUCCCUGAAAAAGCUUGAUUUAUCUGGCAACCGUUUAACAAAGCUACCAAGAGGACUAUGGGAUAUGAAAAGUUUGAUACAUCUAAAUGUUGAAAACAAUCAAAUAUCUGAAAUACCUUCCUUUAUUCCUGCAGACUCUAAUGUUUGCAAAAACAUCCAAUGCCUUAUAAUUUCAAACAACAAGCUUGAUCACUUUCCAGAAUUCUUGAGACACUGCAAGUGGUUGAACACAUUAAGAAUUGCUGGAAAUCAGAUAAACUAUGUCCCAAAUUAUCUUAAAGCCUGCUCCUCCUCUCUCAGAGUAUUAGACAUUGAUCGAUGUAACUUAAAGAAUCUUCCUGCAUGCUUGAUAAGUUUUAGUCUGAAUGAUCUGCUGUUGGAUGGAAACCCCUUUCCCCCUAAAAUUGAAGAAAAUGCAAUAUACAAGGGGAAGCAUGAAAAAUCGUGGAGUUUAGUACCUAGUCUGCAGGCAUGCUGUGUAAAAUCCGUUAUACGCCAUGGGGUGCGAUUUUCUAGACUUCGAUAUGUCCUUCCUCAAUCUUUAAUUAACUAUGUUCAUUCUCGCCAGUACUGCAAUUGGUGUCAAAGGUUGGUGAUGGAGAACUCAAUCUUAUACUAUUACGAGGCUGAACUAAAAAAGUUUGCUAGAACAUUCUCAUCCUUAAGUGGUUCAGCACCUUUCAUCUCUGGAUAUGUGUGCUCCUCUUUUUGCUUCAAACGUAUACAAGAAGGCAAGAAAGUCAUACCAGCUACCAUCUUCUUCAAACAGUGUGCUUAUAUUGAAAGGGAUAAUUCAACACGAUUUAGAAUUGGCAGUUGAUAUCUCUGAUGAGGGUAACAUUAGGUGAAACCUGA